CCCAGCAUCGUCAUGGCGACCACACGAUCACAUCCGGGCAAAAGCGCUCACUCCCAUGCGAGAGCGAGACAGAUAGGCGGCCAGGUGCCGACCACGACCGCGCCAGCCAGCGGCGAUGGGAUCCCACCUACCCGCGCUCCGCAACGGCUAUAUUCCACCUCGGCCUCGCCUUCCCCGCGCUUAAAUCCCUCCUCCUCCUCCCGGUCUCCCGCUCCCACUCCACUCGAUCGCCCACUUCCUGCUGCUCCCCAACGGCUACUGUGCCAUUCAAUCACUCCAUCCCCUCCUCUGACCCGCCCGAUCCGGCCAAUCCAAUGGCGACCACGCCGGCGCGCCAGUCGCAGAGCAGCGGCGGCGCCGCCGCCGCAGUCUCGGUGCAGCACGUGGCCAAGGCCUCCUCCGACGAGCUGCUCCGCAAGUUCGCCGACCCGGAUGACGACGCCAAGAAUAGUCUGACGCCGCCGCGCCGCAGCCUCGCGCUGCGCCGCAAGCGCUCGUCCCGCCGCGUGGCGUCCGGGCUCUCCGCCAGGGACUCCGACGCGGCGGGCACGGACCUCGCCGCGCCCAAGCGCCGCCGGAGCAUCGGCGGGUCCACGGACUGGAGGGCCGGGCUGCUGCUGCCCACGACCACCGGGCCGUCAGCCGUGCGCAAGGGCGGUGGCGGCGGUGGUGGUGCGCGUCGGGGUGGUGGUGGUGGUGGUGCUGGGCGGCUCGACGAGGCUGGCAUCGCCCUCUUCCUCGCCGCGCUGGAGCGGACGUGGAGGAAGACGGUGCGGGGCGCGUCCAAGAUGUUCGUGGAGAGGCACCGGACCAGCCACGUGCAGCUCAUCAGCGACAUGGUCUGAUCCAUGGACCUCUUCUGCUCAAGGCCGAUAAUAGUUCCUGCGAAUCGAAUUCGUUUUAGAAUCUAGCGCAAUAAAAUGGCACGCAAGUACGAAGCCAAUCGAACCAGCCACGUUUCUCCGGGCGGUUCAGCUUCUUUCUUGCCGUUGCUCCUGUGUGUUUGCUUACGCUCAUUUGUUCGUCGUCCUCACCGACUGCAUUGUAAAUUCAAGUUUGCAAAAUUUUCCAUACUAGCGAUUUUUCUUCUUCGACUGUAAUACAGUUUUGUUCCUUCCA